CUUCUUUCUCUCACCCAACCAAAUUCAUUUCUCUCUAGCAUAUGUCUCAGAGAUCCAAUAUCCCACACUUUGCAUCUAUAGCAUUUUCCAUUCACUCUCAUCUCCUGGUUUCUAGUGAAUUAUCCUCUAAUUUCAAUUGGUCAUAAUAUUUCCUUAUAACUCAUUUUUUUUUAAAAAAAAAUCAAGAUCUUGAUCCCCUUUACAUAUUUUUUUUCAUUUUUCAUCAAUUUUUUUUUUGUUUGGAGUAGAUCUUGAUUAAUAUGGGUGUUAAAGGUUUUGUUGAAGGAGGCAUUGCUUCUAUUAUUGCUGGAUGUAGUACACAUCCACUUGAUCUCAUCAAGGUACGUAUGCAGCUUCAGGGCGAAGCAUCUGCAUCUACUCAGAUGCAGACGCUUCGCCCUGCUCUUGCUUUUCAUCCUCCCAAUAAUACAACUAAUGCCCAUGUCCCAGUUGCUCCUCGUGUGGGGCCCGUUGCCGUCGGUGUACGGAUCGUCCAGCAAGAAGGCGUCGCCGCCCUUUUUUCCGGCAUAUCCGCCACCGUCCUCCGGCAGACCCUUUAUUCGACGACCCGAAUGGGAUUAUACGAUAUGUUGAAGAAAAAAUGGACCGACCCGAAUACGAAAAACAUGCCUUUGGGGAAAAAAAUUGUCGCCGGACUGAUCGCCGGCGGAAUUGGGGCCGCCGUCGGCAACCCUGCUGACGUGGCAAUGGUACGGAUGCAAGCCGACGGUCGGUUACCCGCCGCGCAGCGGCGGAAUUACAAGAGCGUGGUGGAUGCAAUAACCCAAAUGAGCAAAAACGAGGGCGUUACUAGCCUGUGGCGCGGCUCAUCCCUUACUGUGAACCGCGCCAUGCUGGUGACGGCCUCGCAGCUUGCGUCUUACGAUGAGUUUAAGGAAAUGAUUUUAGCGAAAGGUUUGAUGAAAGAUGGACUCGGGACCCACGUGACGGCGAGUUUUGCCGCAGGUUUUGUGGCGGCGGUGGUGACGAAUCCGGUGGAUGUGAUCAAGACUCGGGUUAUGAACAUGAAGGUGGAGCCUGGAGCGGCUCCACCUUACAAUGGUGCACUUGAUUGUGCAAUGAAGACAAUUAAAGCUGAGGGGCCAAUGGCCUUGUAUAAAGGAUUUAUUCCUACAAUUUCAAGGCAAGGACCAUUUACUAUUGUGCUCUUUGUUACAUUGGAACAAGUCCGAAAAUUACUUAAGGACUUUUAAUUAAUUAAUUGAUGAU